GUCAUGCAAGAGCAACCGUUUGUGAUCCAGCACUUGCGGUCCAUUAUAAUACACUCGUUGGAUACAUUCAACUAUACGAAUGCAGAGUUUGCUGGGGAACGAUUAUUGGCUCAGGAUCCUGAAGAUUUAGACUCGAUCUAUUUGUAUUGUUUGGUGUUGUUCCAUCAAAAAAAGUACAAAACAUGCUACAAUAGGUUGAUAAACCUUGAAGAUCACUUGGGAUGUUCGUAUCUUUUUGGAAAGCUGUGUUUACACUUGAAAAAAUAUAAGGAAGGGGUGUAUCAAUUGAUGAAGGUGAACUAUUUGUACAAUGAUUCAACCCUCAAACCACACCAAACGAGUGGCUUCGACGUCCAUCACUUCAGUUCUUCAUUCAACAGGUUCAACUAUGAAUCAAACCGGAAUGUGUUGCCAGAUGCUUCUGGUGUUUACCACUUAUUGGGGGAUUUGUAUAACAAGACUGGUGAUAUCAAAAACAGUUCUUUGAAUUACAGUUACUGCUUGAAAUUUAACCAAUUCGACUUUGAGGCGUUUCAGAAUGAUAAGGAGAGAUUGCGGUCGAGUCUCAAACGGAAUAAUUCCAACUCCAAUAUCCACUCGAAUGGCGAAAGCAGUGGUCUCGUUUCGGAGCCUGGCACCAUCAAAUCGGUGUUCACCUCCAAAGAAAUCGAAAGCUCGGAGAGCUUUUUGUUACAGUUAUACGUUGUGCUUGCACGAAGCUACAAAUGCUUCUCGAAAUACGACUGCUACAAAGCGAUAAGAAUUCUUGAGUCGUUGCCGGAGGCAGAAAAGAAUUCUCCAUGGGUUUUGAGCAAAUUGGGGCGGUUACAUUACGAGAUUGUCAACUACAAACAAAGUGAAGCAUUCUUCGUCAAGCUCCGGAUGAUGGACAGAACGCGAUUGGAAGAUAUGGAAUACUACUCAACCUUAUUAUGGCAUCUCCACAAAAAAAUUGAGUUGACGUAUCUUGCCAACGAGUUGUUCGAUUUGGACUCAAAGAAUGCCAUAACGUGGUGCGUGAUCGGAAACUUGUUCUCAUUAAACCGUGAACCUGACGAGGCUAUCAAAUGUUUUACCAAGGCCGUAAAAUUUGACGAGAAUUUCUCCUAUGCUUAUACCUUGAAAGGACACGAAUACUUCGGAAAUGACAAUUACGAGAUGGCUCUCGAAAACUUCCGAAUAAGCUUGGUGAUUGACCCGAGACACUAUAAUGCCUUGUACGGCAUUGGCAUGGUAUAUAUCAAUCUCGGUGACUAUCAAAAAGCCGAUUACCAUUUUCGAAGAGCCGUGUCUAUAAACCCCAUAAACAUCAUUUUGAUUUGUUGCGUGGGAAUGGUGCUAGAAAAAAUGGGUAAGAAGAACCUUGCGUUACGACAAUACGAAUUGGCAAAUAAAUUGCAGCCAUUGAACCCGUUGCCCAUCUUCAAAAAGGCCCAACUCCUUUUCACGAUGCAGCAAUUCCAACAGUCACUUCAGUUAUUUGAGGUAUUAAAGGACUUGGCACCCGAUGAAGCAUCGGUUCACUUUCUUCUAGGCCAAUUGUACAACAUCCAAGACAACAAGCACCAGGCCAUCAAAGAAUUCACUAUUGCCCUAAACUUAGACCCGAAGGGCAACUAUCUUAUCCGUGAAGCCAUGGAAUCUUUGCAGGAAAAAUCAUAGGAUCAAUAAUAAUAUUCCACAAAAUAAAACCUUAAUUCACGUGAACGCCGGGUAAGAUCCCUGCUGACACGUUUAAAAUAAACAAUAACCAAGCUUGUGUAACAUCUGGCGAACGUAGGGAAUAAUGCACAGUGGGUUGCUACUACCAGUAAUGAAAUUCCGAAACAAUAGCCAAUGAUUCACUGUAAUCUUGGGCCAAGCGCUCACAUGACCCUUAUCCU